AUGUUAUCUAUGAGCAGUGGUAGGAUGAUGCUGGUACGAAAAUUGCUAUCUUGGGGUACCUAUUCAACAGGUAUAUAUAAUAGGAAGCUUUUUGUGGGCGUGCGGCAAUUUUGUGGUAGUGGUGUCAAGCCUCUUGCCAGGAACGUCAAGUUGGAACACGAACAGUGGAAGGCGAAGGUAGUAGGUUCCAAUUCGAAAACGAAGCCGUCGAGACAGGAGCGCAUUGAUCGGGCGAAUAUGCGUAAUCGAAGCAAGCUUCAGGACGUUGAUAAUGAGUUUGGGAUUUUCAAUGCAGGUGUAACGAAAGUGCUAGAUUUGGGGUUUGUGCCGGGAAACUGGAGUGAAUUUGCCCGUUAUAGACUAUGUCAGGUACAUGGGGUUGACGAGGAUAAAUUUCAUGAGAAGUGCCAUAUAUUAGGGUUUGACAUCCUAUUUGGUACCCCGCCGUUAGGCGUUUCCUCCAUGCAAGGUAAUAUCUUCUCUAAGUCGGCCCACGAUCUUAUAUUGAUGCAUUUUAAAGAUAUUGCGUUGCGGAAGACAGUUGAGCCAAAAAAUAUGAAUGACGACGGAAUGGAUGAGUUUCAACAAUCGUACUAUUUCAAAGAACAAAGUGAAUCAUUGAUUGAACAACAGGUGAGUGACUUAUCGGAAGAUUUUGAUAAGUUGACUGUCACAAAGAACGAUAAGGAUAAGGAAAUUGACUAUAAACCUGACUUGAUUCUUUCCGAUUUGUCUGCCCCAUUCAUGCAAGAAAAAGGAUUUUUUAACAAUACGAAUACAAAGCCUUAUUUGCGAACAGCGGGUAAUCCAAUACUAAGCAGGACCAUAACGGAUGAAGAGAAGGCUGCGAUAGACUCAGCGGAUGCAGCAUUGAUUUUAGCCUGUGAUGUGUUAAAGAAAGGGGGGACCCUAGUACUAAGACUUGCAAAGGUUGAUCCUGAUGAUGCGGAAAUUGCUCUCUUACAUAGUAGACUUGACAAGGUUUUUAGUCAUGUCUACAAAUGGAAUAGAAAUAGCGUAUUUGACGAACAAAAUUAUGUACCACAAGACAGGUUCUAUGUCUGUUUGGAUAAAAUUGAUGAUGUGUGUGAUAAAAAGCAGGUAUUUAUGAUUUAA